AUGAGUCCAAACAGAGAAACUCAGACGCUGCUGUUGUUUGCAUCAGUUCUUUCCUCGUCUGAAGCUCGCUUUGCACUUUUUUGGGUCUGUGUUUGUGGAAGUAGCUCUGCGUUCCCACUUUCCCACAUCCCUCCUUCCUGCAGACGACCUCCUGCUGAGACCUUCUCCUUCUACAAAGACACCUCUCGUCGUUUGGAUCGACCCAAACCGACUGUGAGUGACGGCAGCACACCCGCCUUCGACUUCCUCUGGGCCCUGGCCUACAUUAUGUUUAACAGCCACGAGUAA